AUGGCGUUCUUUGUUGCUACAACUAUAGUGGUAUGUUGUCAAAACCAACUGAUUAUAGAAACACCUUAUAAUGCGGUCGUUUCUCAAGAUGGGACCGGGAAUUUCAACACAAUUGCUGGAGCAAUAUUGGCGGCCCCUGAUCACAGUGUCAAGCCAUUCUUCAUAAAAAUCAAGAGAGGCACGUAUCAGGAAUAUAUUAGAGUUGAUAAAAAGAAGACUAAUAUUGUCCUGGUCGGAGAAGGGAUGGAUGCUACGAUAAUAACGGGUAAUAGAAGUUUUGUCGACGGCAACCGAACCUAUGAUACUGCAACCGUUGGGGUUCUUGGUGAUGGCUUCUUAGCCCAAGACAUAACCUUUAGGAAUAAUGCCGGACCCAUAAAGCAUCAAGCAGUGGCAUUAAGAGUUGAAGCAGAUUCGGUGUGCUUUUAUAAAUGUCGAUUCGACGGGUAUCAAGACACUUUGUACGUGAAAAAGAAACGCCAAUUCUAUCGAGAUUGUGAAAUAUAUGGCACGAUAGAUUUCAUAUGUGGUGACGCGACGACGCUGUUCCAAAACUGUUUGAUUGAAGCACGCACUCCAAUGGCGAGACAGUAUAACACAGUCUCAGCCCAGGGGAGAGAGUUUGAGGACGUUGCAAGUGGAAUAGUGCUUCAAAAUUGCACUAUAAAGGCUACCCGCGAUUUGGAGAAAUCGAACAAUGUCAAGACAUAUUUAGGUCGGCCAUGGGGUAUAUUAUCUAGGACUGUGAUAAUGGAAAGUUAUAUCGAUAACUUGAUAGAUCCUAGAGGAUGGGUUGAAUGGAUUGAAUCGACAAAUAAAUCCGUUGUUAGCCGUCGACCAUAUUAUUUGGAGUACAAGAAUAGAGGACCAGGUGCUGUCACGAAGGGACGUGUGACAUGGGCAUCAGUCACUACGGAUCCAGAUAUUGCAUCAAACUUUACGGUUAGGCAGUUUAUAAAAGGUGACGAGUGGAUUCCCGCAAACAUUCCCCGUUACUUAGAUUUAUCUUGA